UCCCCCUCUCUCCCCAGCUGUUACCAGAUCUGGCUGGGGCGCCACAAUCUGUUUGAGGAUGAAGACACAGCCCAGUUCUUCCUCGUCGCUAAAAGCUUCCCACACCCUGGCUUCAAUCUGAGCCUCCUGGAGAACAGCAACCGCCUCCCAGGAGACGACUACAGCCACGACCUCAUGCUGCUCCAGCUGGCGCAGCCCACCCAGAUAACAGCCGCCGUGCAGGUCCUGGCCCUGCCCACCCAGGAACCUGUACUGGGGAGCACCUGCUAUGCCUCCGGCUGGGGCAGCAUCGAACCAGAUAAGUUCACAUACCCAGAUGAACUCCGGUGUGUGGACCUCACUCUCCUGUCCAACGAUGUGUGUGACAACGCCCACUCCCAGAAGGUGACAGAGUACAUGCUGUGUGCUGGACACUUGGAGGGCGGCAAGGACACAUGCGUGGGUGACUCAGGGGGCCCGCUGAUCUGCGAUGGUGUGUUUCAAGGAGUCACGUCCUGGGGCCACAUCCCGUGUGGCAGGCCCAAUAAGCCCGCCGUCUACACCAAACUGAUACCCCAUGUGCAGUGGAUCCAGGACACCAUAGCAGCCAAUCCCUGAAUGCCCCCACCCUGUCCCCUACCCCCAGUAAAAUCGAAUUCGCAUCAA